AUGUGCCAAAGCGCGACGCAUUGGCUUGUGCUUCCAGGCCAAGGUGGGGGCAUAACAGAAGUCCGAAGUGCCCCUGAGGAGGAUGCUCCUGCAGUUGGCACAUUGCCGGACUGCUUGCUGAGAGUCCAGGUCCCUCAUCCAACAACGGGUGGCUGGUGCCGUAUCUCGCCUGAAGAUCUGCAAAGACUCCAAGCUUAUUCAUUUCUGAAGGACGCCUGGGUCUUGGUUGACGGCGAAUCCGCCCGCAGAGUGGGCUUUUGGAAGGAUAGCAGUGAAGACGAAGAUACACCGGAGGUAGAGUUCGAAUCCAGCAUCUUUCCUUCCUGGGAAGAGGCUACGAGCCAGUGCCUGCUCCCCUUGGAGGAGGGUGACCCUUCAGAGGAGAGAUUGCAGUCCCUCGUUGCCAGAGUUUCGGAUGAGGCAUUGAUCCACUUGCUCCAAUACGGCUAUGCAAUCGUGGACAAUGCGCUUCCAAGCGAGCUUUGCGCAACGUUGCGGCGUGAGCUAGACACCUUGCUUGAGCAAGGGCAAAUGUGGGACAGUCAGUCCUACUCGCUGAACGAAGGUGCUGUGCAUCACAACAUAUGCGAAACGACUUUGGAUUAUCUCGAAGCGCGCGCGCAUGCCCCAACGUUCGCAGAGAUCGAGAAAGACCAGGGUUUGCUUCGCACACUACGGCGACUCCCGGCUUUGAGAGGUCUUUCCAUGCAGCACUUGAGGCUGCAGGUCAACAGAGGUAACGGAGGCUGCUAUACCAUGCAUACAGAUUCUGGCGUUUCCGAGCCUGACGGCGCUGAUGACGCAGUGCAGGUGUUGCGAGCGACUGCACUUUUCUACUUGAACGAAGGUUGGCAGGAGGAGCAUGGUGGCGAGUUGCGACUCUAUCCUUACCCGCUGCCUCCGGUGAGGAUUGCUCCUCUGAGUGGUCGACUCGUGUUAUUCGAGCCGCGCAUGGUCCACGAGGUGCUUCCGAACUUCCACAUGCGGUACUGCUUCACUCUUUGGUGUGCAACCUCAAUGACAUCCUCUGCAGCGAGCAGCACCUUUCUCAACGUUGAGACCAUGACGGACUUCGAAGCUGCAAGCAGUGCUUGCAUCAAUUUUCGAAGGUCUGCAGGCACGCUGUCUCCGCAGCUGGAGUCGGUGCCGAGCCCUUUGCGCAGCUUGUUUUUUUCUGAGGUUCGACCUCUGCUGGUACGGUAUGUGUUCCGAGACUGCGAGUUGCAGUCGGCUUGCAGGUCUCACGACGCAGGGCCUCAGAAGGACCUCAUGCUGCAGGGCAUCAGCCAGUAUCAUCAGAAGAUGAAGGAGCUCAACCCUGCUUGGUUCCGCCUGCUGCUGGAGCUCCUACCAUCUGCUGCCACUGAGCCAGUCAGGGCACAUGACCAUGGACGAUUGGGUCCUUCCGAGCUCGCCCAGUUGGUGACGCAGCAUUGUCUGUGGUGGGAACACUCGCCUGGUGCUACAGCAUGCUGA